AUGAUGGGUUGGAUACUAGAUAGGAUCGUGCUGCCUUCCAACUUUGUGAGCAAGUACCGAUUGCACACGAAGGAAGAAGAAGAGAAGAAGAACGUGGUGCCGAUGUCGACUGUGGCCAAGGGUGUCCUGUUUCAUCAGUUCUUGCAAAUAACGGCUGCCCAUUUGUGGUUUUCGACUAGGAGUUGCAUCAGAGACCGCAACGAUCCAACCUUCGAUUCCAAUCCGGAUCCUCCAGGUCGUCGUGGCAAUGUUCGUAAUGGACACGUGGCAGUACUUCGGUCAUCGUUACAUGCACGAAAACAAGUUCUUCUACCGCGUCACGUGCAUUCCCUGCACCACAAGCUCGUCGUGCCUUACGCUAUCGGAGCUCUCUACCAUCACUGGGUCCAAGCUCUCUUACUCGACACGGGUGGAGGAGUUCUUGCUUUCAUGGUCUCUGGCAUGACUCCAAGAACCGGGAUGAUCUUCUUCUGCUUCGUUACGGUGAAAGCUGUGGAUGAUCACUGUGGAGUUUGGUUUCCUAGGGCUAAUGUCUUCCACUUGUUGUUUGCAAACAAUUCUGCCUACCACGAUGUCCACCAUCAACCUGGUGGUGGAAAGUACAACUUUUCUCAACCGUUCUUUCCCAUUUGGGAUAAGCUUUUGGGAACUCACAUGCCGUUUGUUGUUUUGAAGCGUUUCGGAGGAGGGUACGAAGCUAGGAUGACGAUGAAAGAUGGGUGGCAUUGUUGUUUAGGGUAG